CACCGGAGACAAAUUCUAACGAACGAGCUCUUAUAUCACACAAGUUUUAAACUUAGUGAAUAACGAACGAAUUUCGCGUUGAUGUGACAAAGCAUUCAAAAUGAAGAUAACAUAUUUACUUCUAAUUGUCUGCUUUAGCGUGGUGUGUGCGAAAUAUUUGCCCGAUGAAACAAACUCUAGACGAGCUUUGUUAUGGAAGUCCGACGAUUCAGAUUCAGAUGAUUCCAAACACAUAGACUCCAGUGAAGAUAGCAGCAACAAUGACGACGACGACGACAGUGACAAUUCCGUGGAGCGCAAAUUACAGGAACAGGAACGUAAACGUCAAGAAAAACUGGCAGAGCAGAAAAGAAAAGAAUUAGAAAGAGAAGAAAAACUGAAACGGAAACUGGAGGAACAGAGACAAAAAGAGGAAGAAAAAGAACGUAAACUAGCGGAAAAACUCGCUGAAAAACAGCGCAAAGCACAAGAAAAGUUGGAAAAAGAGGAGCGAAAGCGCCAAGAAAGAAUUGAGAAAGAAAGACAAAAACAAGAAGAAGAAAAUCGCAAGAGGCAAGAGAAAAUUGAAAGGGAAGAACAAAAACGUUUGGAAAAAGAACGUAAACGAUUGGAGGAUUUAAAGAACAAAGCAAAUCAUAGUCAACAACCCAUUUCUUCAGAGUCAGUGGAAGAUACUGCAGAAGAAGAAUUAGAUCUUGAAGAUAUUUGGAAAGGUUACAUAUAUCAGAGAUAUGGAGUUAACGUGAAUAGUACUGCUAUCGAAAAGAAAUUGGCCAUACGUAGAUAUAUGAGUGAAGAAUUAGGCCUUAACGCUAACAGUACUAAGGGCGAUUUCCGCCAAGCUGUUAUUAAGUUGAUACAAACAAGGCUUCAGGGUGAUGUUUCUGUUCAAGAAUAUUUUAGGAAUCACAUUUUGAGUCAUGUUAACGCUGUUGGCAUACAACAAUUGAAAGCAGAUUUAGAAAGGAAGUUGGAGAAGUUGAAUAAUAAAACAAUACUUCUUAAUAAUUACAACUUAACUACGGCACCAGAAGCACAGUACGUUGAAGAAAAGAAAACAUUCAUUCAAGCUAUUUCACAGUUUUUGGCCAAUAUUCUGCCAAACUGGGUCACCGGAAGUACACCAAACGCGAUCUCGAACCAAAAUGGAGCAGCUAAUUCAGUGUCUGCAGGUCAAGCUACCGCCAGUGGCCCUUCUGCCGCUGGAACUGUUGAUGCCAACGGACAAUCUACUGCUUCUGUGGGCUCUUCUGCAAGUGAAACUCAAUCCAACUCUGCUGCCUCCAAUGCCGCACCUCAGGGACAAGCUGCUGAUAACUCAGCGUCUGGAAGUACUGUAGUGAAUGGUGCUGUUGGAGAUUCUAGCGUUGCUGCCAAUGGACAAACAAUUACAGCUGAUGGCUCCGUUUCUGGAAUCGUUGCAGGCAGUGGAAUAGUUGAUACUUCGGAGGCUGGAAAUGCCGUAGUAAGUGGCAGUGGAGCUAAUGCUGAUGCAUCUGGCGUAGCAGCCCAAGGUCAAACAAAUGCUGCUGCUGGUUCUGUUUCUGUAACUGCUGCAGACGGUGGAUCUGGAUCUAAUCCUGCUGUCUCUAAUGCCACACCUAAUAGCCAAACGAACUCUGUUGAUGGUUCUACCUCCGCCGCUGGAAGUUCUGUAGUGAAUGUUGAUGGCUCACCUGUAAUUCCCGAUGGACAAGUGAGUGGUUCUGAUGGAUUAGCUGCUGAAGUCCCUACAGCCGGUGCAAGUGGAGCAGGCUCUGCUUCAUCUGCUGCUGUAUCUAAUGGACAGACGGUUGGCUCAGCUUCCGCCACUGAAAAUGCUGCAACAAGUAGUGGUGCAUCUGGCGCAGUAUCUAAUGGGCAAUCAAUUGCAACUGGUGGAGCCACUGCCGAAAGUGGAGCAGAAUCUAACUCUGUUACUUCCGGUUCUGCAUCUAUUGGACAAACAAAUGCUGUGGAUUCCACAUCAGCCGCAGGAAGCGUUGUUGUGAGUGACAGUGGUGCCGUUGAUGCAGCAUCUAUUGGACAAUCAAAUGCCGUGGAUUCCACAUCAGCCGAUGGAAACGUUGUUGUGAAUGAAGGUGGUGCAGUUGAUGCAGCAUCUAUUGGACAAUCAAAUGCGGUGGAUUCCACAUCAGCCGCAGAAAAUGUUGCUGUGAGUGACAGUGGCGCAGUUGAUGCAGCUUCUAUUGGACAAACAAAUGCCGUUGAUUCCACAUCUGCCGCAGGAAGCGUUGCUGCGAGUGAAAGUGGUGCCGUUGAUGCAGCAUCUAUUGCACAAACAAAUGCCGUGGAUUCCACAUCAGCCUCAGGAAGCAUUGCUGUGAGUGAAAAUAGCGCUGUUGAUGCAGCAUCUAUUGGACAAUCAAAUGCCGUGGAUUCCACAUCUGCCGCAGGAAGCGUUGCCGUGAGUGACAAUGGUGCAGUUGAUGCAGCAUCUAUUGGACAAUCAAAUGCCGUGGAUUCCACAUCCGCCGCUGGAAGCGUUGCUGUGAGUGACAGUGGUGCAGUUGAUGCAGCAUCUAUUGGACAAACAAAUGCCGUGGAUUCCACAUCUGCCACAGGAAGCGUUGCUGUGAGUGAAGGUAGCGCAGUUAAUGCAGCAUCUAUUGGACAGUCAAAUGCCGUGGAUUCCACAUCUGCCGCAGGAAGCGUUGCUGUGAGUGAAGGUGGCGUAGUUGAUGCAGUAUCUAUUGGACAAGCAAAUGACGUGGCUUCCCCAUCAGCCGCAGGAAGCGUUGCUGUAAGUAACAGUGGUGCCAUUGAUGCAGCAUCUAUUGGACAAUCAAAUGCCGUGGAUUCCACAUCUGCCGCAGGAAGCGUUGCUGUGAGUGACAGUGGCGCAGUUGAUGCAGCAUCUAUUGGACAAUCAAAUGCCGUGGAUUCCACAUCAGCUGCAGGAAGCGUUGCUGUGAGUGAUAGUGGUGCCGUUAAUGCAGCGUCUAUUGGACAAUCAAAUGCCGUGGAUUCCACAUCAGCCGCUGGAAACGUUGUUGUGAAUGAAGGUGGCGCAGUUGAUGCAGCAUCUACCGUGGAUUCCACUUCUGCUGCAGGAAGCGUUGCUGUGAGUGACAGUGGUGCAGUUGAUGCAGCAUCUAUUGGACAAACAAAUGCCGUGGCUUCCCCAUCAGCCGCUGGAAGCGUAGCUGUGAGUGACAGUGGUGCCGUUGAUGCAGCAUCUAUUGGACAAACAAAUGCAGGAAAUUCUGCAGUAAGUGAAACAGAAUCAAACUCUGCUGUGUCUAAUGGACAAACGAUUGAUUCUGCUACAGUCCCUGAAAAUGUUGUGAGUGAAAUUGGAGUAGAUGGCUCUGUUGCAGCUCCAGGAGAUGCCAUAGUAACUGACAGUAACUCAGCUUCGAGUACUACUGAUGUAGUAUCCAAUGAACCAGUAAGUGCUGCUGAUGCUUCUACUGUUGGAGUUUCUGCUUCACCUGAUGCGCCUCUUGAACAAACAGUUAGUGACUCUACCUCCGGUUCUGAUGCUGCAGUAAGUGGAAGUGAUGUAGCUUCUGGAGCCAGUGGAAGUGUUGCAACACCUAAUGAACCAGUGGUUACAGGAAGUGAAUCUGGUUCAAACACUGGUUUCACUGAUGUAGCAUCGAAUGGACAAGCAAAUGUUGCCGAUAUCAGUGGAGCUGGCUCAAAUGCUGCUCCCUCCAGUGUGGCGCCUAAUGGUCAAACAGGUAACGUUGAUAACUCAGUCUUAGUUCCUAAUGAACAAGAAACUGCUGUCAAUGAUGUUGCUCCAGCAGCCGUUGAAGGUGGUGCAAUUGCACAAAAUACUGAAUCUUCAAACACACAAGUAAAUGCUGUUGAUGCCGUAUCUUCUUCAGGAGCCGCACCUGAGACUGCAUCAACUGCGAACUCAGAAGUUGUCUCUAACGUAGCUGACACAGCCGAAUCAAAUGCUGUUGGUUCCUCUGAUGCAACUGUGGCCAGCCAAGGUGAAGCUAAUUCUGUCGCUUCAGAAGUAUCAUCUAAUGGACAAGCGAGUACUAACGAUGUUACAGUUGCCGAAGUUUCUGCAGCUGGAGAAACUGGAUUGAAUAGUGUGCCUUCAGAUGCUACUACCACUUCUGUUGAUACACCGGCUGCACCUGGAGCUUCUGAAGUGGCAUCAAAUAAUCCUACAGCAUCUGAUGUUUUAUCAAGUGAUAUCAUAAUUGUAUCAGCUACUGAAAUUCCUAUUACACCGGAAAUCUCUCCAGUUUCUACCCCAUCUGAUGCUGGUGUUAAUGAGCCUGCGACCGCAGAUGCAAAUGUACAAGAUAGUAGUGUGGUCUCGGCUGCAUCUGCUUCAGCUGUCUCCGAAAAUAUUACGGCUGGUGCCACAGUCACCAAUAAUGUGGCAAGCAAUUCAGUUGUUGAUGUGAAUUCCGCUGGAGCUAAUGAAGCUGCUGCCAACACAGCCGGUGCAUCAGAAGCGUCCGCUGCUGCCUCAGGAUCAAAUGCUGAUGCUACCGAUGCCAGUGCCGCAGGUCCAUCCGAAACGGCUCCUGUUGCCUCAUCAAAUGUACCUGACGUAAGCAGCUCAAGCAGUACCGCCUCAGAGGUUGUACCUGUUUCGUCUGUUUCGGGCAGUGAAUCUGCAGUCGCCGUUGAAUCAUCAACAGUCGUCGGUGAUGGCAGUGAUGUGGUACCAACUGAUGCUCCAGUCCCAUCGGAAACCCCUGCUGGCACAGACACAUCAGCUGUCAGUGAACCAAGUACUGACUCACCAGUACCUGAAGCCCCAGUGGAACCCGUCCCAGCUGUAGAUGUUGCACAGUCUGAAGUUUUGGCAGAAACAACCGUAGCUGAUGUUCCAAUUACAGAGGCGCCUGUGGCAGUAAACCAGGCUGCUCCCGAAAACGUACCCGCAGAUGUGGUAUUUCCCCCUGAGGAACCGGGUGCGUCCAUUGUAGAAAUUACAACCCAGAUGUAGAUUGUUACCCCAGUAUUUGUU